AUGCCGCACUGCCGACGUGUCCUUGUUUUGCUCCUUUUAUUCACUAUCAUCACAAAUUGCGGUGUGGAUGCAUUGAAAUGCCGACUUUAUCAUCGAAUUUGGGAAGAUGGCCAUUUGCUGAGAAUCAAUCCUGAUGUGUGUCAUACUUCUUCGCAGUACUGUGUCAGAGCUACUUAUUCGGAUCCAGACGUUAGAAAAAAGAAUGGUUAUUCAAUGGGAUGUGAUAAAGUGGACUGUCAAGGAAUUGAAGAUCCAAACUUCACAGGAUGGGUUCAAAACCUCAAUGGAGAAUAUUGCCGGAAAAGCAGAGAUUAUGAAAACACAAAUUGCAAGAAAAAACUCAAAACCUUCAAGAUAGCAAAGUUGAAAAAACAUCGGUGUUGGCUUACUGGGAGUCUAAUUGAGGAUCAUCAUAACAAAGAUCCAUUACAUUUGAACGGCCAACACUCGAUGAGAAAAUCCCAGCAUGAAAGAAUCAAACUCAAAUUGAAGACACUGGAAGCAAAAACAACACUAUUGCAGACCGAGUUUGAAAAGAUAGAAGGAAAUUCUCUCCAAUAUUUAAAACAGAUAGAGGAACGGUUGUAUAAAAUGCGAGAUGCAUUAUUUCUUACGAAAGAAAGAGACACUGUGUCAGUCACUGGACAAAUUAUUAUGGAAAACAUAGCAGGAAAAGCUAUGCAGUUAACGAAGGACAUAGCUGAAAAACACCGAACAUUUCAUUUACCUGUCGUGAGAAUAGGAAGAUGUGUGGAACGUCAGUUUGACAAGGAAAUAUUAACUCCAUUCUACGGACCACUGGAUCUUGAAAAAAGGAAAAAAAGAAGGACACUUGGUUACUCAAUGAUAUAUGAUUAUGCAAUGUGCACUGGACUGAGUUCUGUUGGCGAGAUGCUGAAAAAGUACACCAAAGUCGAACCGAAAUACUAUGUGGAGGAGCCGGAAAUACUUCAAAGAAUUGUUGUCGACUUGCGAGAGGGAGAUAUCGGAUCAUCAUUAGAUUAUCUCGAAACAUACCAACCUGCAGAUGAGAGAAUUCUGAGAAGAUCUCUACAAACUCAGAUGAUUACUGAUUGUAUCGAACUAGGUCUUGACAGCUAUGACCGGACUGUUCGACAAUUGAAGCGGUUUAAAUCUCCGUUUGGAGAUGAUAAACAAAGAGCGACUCGGCUGGUUGGAGCGCUCCUCGUUGGAAAAGGUGCAAUGGAGGACGAUCGAUACAAACAUUUAUUUGAUUAUACGAGCCGAGAGAAACUUGCAAAAAAGAUGGCAUCAUUUUUCAUUCCGUACGAAGCACCAUUCAAAACAACACUGAAAUACGGCUUCCGAGGAAUGACGGAGUUCACCGAGUUGUAUUGUAUGGGAUACGAGUCUCCGUGUCUGUUAGAUUGUGAACUGCCGGUAGACUCAUUUUUCUUCGGAAACCAUUCAGUAUUUGCGUGCCCCAUCCUGAAAGAACAAUGCACCUCAAUCAAUCCUCCAAUGCGACUCGCAUGUGGUCAUGUCAUUUCGAAAGACGCCAUUACUCGUUUGAGUACAAACUAUCGUCUCAAUCGGAAUAUGCCAAGGCAUGCAAGACAACAACGCUUCAAAUGCCCAUACUGUCCACGAGAGCAAUUAUUGGAAAACACCAAACUUGUGGAGUUCCGUAGAUGGUAUCAAAGUUAUAGACAUGAAGAUCUCAAGUUUCUUCAAUUCUAUGACUGA